GCUUGUCCCGUCUUUGUUUGUUUGAAGAAUGUGUUUUUGUUUUAUAGAGAGAGAGAGAGAGAGUUUGGUAAUGGCCUUGUCUCUGUUCCUGCGAAUUCUUCAGAGAAAAGAGUCUGAAAGUUGUGGGUAGUGUUGGGUUUAAGGCUUGAAGGUCUUUUUGAGGUUUUGUGAAGUAGUUCAUUGGGUGAGAGAGAAUUUGUUGUGGUAUUUUCGUGGGAUUGUAGAGGGUGUUUUGGGGAGAAAAUGAAGUUUAUGAAGUUGGGGUCGAAGCCAGAUGCGUUCCGAGCUGAAGGCAAUUCUAUCAGGUAUGUGUCAUCUGAACUGGCAACAGAUAUUAUCAUAAAUGUUGGUGAAGUGAAGUUUUACCUUCACAAGUUCCCUCUCUUGUCCAAGAGCAAUCGCUUACAAAAACUCAUGCAAAAAGCCAAUGAGGAAAGUUCUGAUGAAAUUCAUUUAGCCAACUUUCCCAGUGGGCCAAAAGCUUUUGAAAUUUGCGCUAAAUUUUGCUAUGGAAUGACUGUCACUCUCAAUGCAUACAAUGUUGUGGCUGCCCGUUGUGCAGCAGAGUACCUUGAAAUGACUGAGAAUGUUGACCGAGGAAACCUGAUUUUCAAAAUCGACGUAUUUCUCAACUCCAGUGUUUUCCGUAGCUGGAAAGACUCCAUUAUUGUUCUGAAAACCACCAAACCUCUUCUUCCAUGGUCCGAAGAUCUGAAGGUGGUUGGGAGAUGUAUAGAUUCCAUUGCGUCUAAAACUUCAGUGGACCCAUCUAAUAUCACCUGGUCUUAUACUUAUAACCGGAAGUUAUUGGUGCCGGAUAGGAUAGUUGAGAAUGGGAUGAAAUUCACGGAAAGAGUUGAAUAUUUUCCGAAGGAUUGGUGGGUUGAAGAUAUAUGCGAACUUGAUGUUGACCUUUACAAGCGCAUUAUGAUUGCCGUGAGAUCAAAGGGAAGAAUGGAUGGGAAUGUGAUUGGGGAGGCGCUAAAGACUUAUGUAAUGAGGUGGUUGCCUUCUGUUGAUACUUUGGCUUCUGAAGUUAAUAAUACGAGAAACAAAUCUUUGGUUGAAACAAUAGUUUGCUUAUUGCCUUCUGAUAUAGGCGGGGGUUGUUCAUGUAGUUUUUUGCUCAAAUUAUUGAAAUUUGCCAUUCUGGUUGGAGCAGAUGAUUCGCCGAGGGAAGAUUUGGUAAAGAGGAUCAGUUUGAGGUUGGACGAGGCUUCUGUUAACGAUCUAUUGAUUCCAGCAAAGACUCCCCAAGUGACCAAAUAUGAUGUUGAACUUGUGCAGUCCCUUGUAAAUCAAUUUAUGAUUGCUGAGAAGAAUGACAAAAUUGCUGGUGAUUUUGUUUUAGGGCAGGGGUCCUCGUUGAAUGUUGGUAAACUGAUUGAUGGGUAUCUUACAGAAAUUGCUCGGGAUCCAAAUCUUACUCUCUCAAGUUUCGUUCUCUUGUCACAGUCAAUUCCCGAGUCAGCCAGACCAAUUCAUGAUGGGUUGUACAGAGCUAUAGCCAUCUAUCUGAAGGAGCACACAAACUUGACAAAAGCUGAAAGGAAGAAGAUAUGCGGGCUGAUGGACGUCAAGAAAUUGACAAUGGAUGCAUCCAUGCAGGCAGCACAGAAUGAGCUCCUCCCACUCCGAGUCGUGGUGCAAGUUCUGUUUUUCGAGCAGGUAAGAGCAGCUGCCGGGGCUCGAUCUUCUGUUACCACCAACACUGAAGAAGAAGAUUGGGAGAAGACUUUGCCAGAUGAGGGAAAAUCGACUAGGAAACUGAUGAGUCAAAUGAAGAUGACAGACGCGGAUUUACCCAAAAAGGGGAAGUCGAUGAAGAUGGGUAGCAAAAAUGGAGGAAGUGGAGUGCACUUGAGGCCGUCUCGGUCACGGAGGAUCUUUGAUAAGCUGUGGGUAGUUGGGAAAGGGCAUGGGCAUGGGCAUGGGCAUGGACAUGGAGAGAAUCAGAGCUCUGAGACAUCUGGUAGUUCUCAGAGCCCGACUUCAAUGAUUCAAGGGGCGAUCAAGUCCUCCGGUUCAUCGUCAAGAAACAGGAGGUAUUCUGUCUCAUAAAACGGGUAAUCUGGUCUGUUUAAACUGAACAAGAAAAAGUAGAUUCAAGUGUAAAAAGUUGUAGGCAAUUUUAGUUUUGAUGCAGAUAAUUGUGGUCCAGUUUCUGGUUUUAGCU